UCCGGAUUCCACACGUAAUAACUUCUCGGUCUUGCCCGAAUCACCCAAUUCAUUUCGUUUUUGAGCUUCUGGUUCCUUCUCAAGCUAUGGACUGCCUCACCGGCGGGAAUUCCUCUCUGAUUCUCCAUGGAUCUUCUCUCCGACUCACCGCCUCCCGCUUCUCUCCCAAGUUUCAAAUUCCCAGAUUGAAGCCGCCGCCGAUUUCGCAGAAGCGGCUGUUGUUUUGCAGGGCGUCUGGUUCUCAGAAAGGAGAUUCGGGAAAUGAGUUUCCAUUUAAAGUAGGAAAUGCUUUCGCUGAGGAGGCAAUUGGAGCUGAAUAUGGUGAAGGCUUUGAGACUUUUAGAUUGGAUGGUCCCCUUAUGCUUGAUGUGGAUUACUUAAAUGAGAGAUUGCAAGAAUGUUUUCUCCAGAGAAUACGGCAUGCCAUGAAACCGGAUGAAGCUUUUGGACUAGUCUUCUCAUGGGACAAUGUUGUGGCCGACACCCGCUCCUUGAAGUUGGAUGCUUGGAGACGACUUGCUUCUGAAGAGGGAAGGGAGAUCCCAACUGCUGGCCAUGUUCAUAGAACUAUUGUUAACACUGCUGCUGACCAUGUCCUACAAAAGGUUUUGUGCUGGGAAAAAGAGGUAAGUAGGUUGGAGAAGUUGAAGUCAAGGCUCUCACACCUGUAUUAUCAGAAUCUUCUUAAGCUUGACACUCCUAUUAAAGGGUUAAGAGAAUGGUUGGAUGCCCUUUAUACGGCUGGCACACCUUGUGCUGUUGUGUCAUGUCUUGAUCGUAAAAUUAUGCUUGAAACUCUGGAACGAAUGGGAAUUAGCAAGUAUUUUCAGGCUGUUGUGACAGAAGAGGAUGGGAUGGAAUCAACAGCUCAUAGAUUUCUAUCAGCUGCUUUGAAGUUAGAUCGGAAACCUUCAAAGUGUGUGGGUAUUUGAAAGAUUCCAAGAGGCAUUACUGCUGCCCACAAUUGUACAAUGAUGGCAGUUGCAUUGAUUGGUGCUCAUCCAGCGUACGAAUUGGAGCAAGCUGAUUUAGCUGUCGCAAGCUACAAUGAACUCUCUGUUAUCAACUUGAAAAGACUGUUUGCACAUAAAGGGUCUAAUUUUAUGGAUUUACAGAAGCAAAUCAUAACGAAGUUACCAUCCAGAAGGAAACUCAGGACUGAUACUAUCUUUUGAGUUUGUUUACUUCUUUCAUCCCAUAGAAAUUUUAGAAGAUAAAGCUCAGGAUUUGUACCAUUUUUAAUGCAUAGAAGGCAUAAAUUCUUCAUGAUUUGAAGAACUGCCUCAAAAGUAUCUUAAAGCUCCCAUGUUCAGAAGUUUAGGUAAUUUUUUUUCUUCUUCUUGUAUAACUGCGCCAUGACCACAAUUUAAUUGGUAUUAAUUCCUCAAUGAUUGAUUAUAGUUGAAAAACCACCGAGUUUUGUACGAUUGUAUCUUUUUUAUUUCUUCUGCAUUAAGUUACAUAAAGAUGGAUGCUUCCAGGUUUGGUUUAGAAUUUAAUGCAAAUUAAGAACAUGAAAUGAUAUUUUGUUAUAUAUUUUAGUAUGUUAAUAAAAUGUUGAUGGUAGUGAGACUUGUAA